ACAGUCAUUCUAUUGCCAGUGAAUAUCUAAAGAUGCUUCCAGUAAUUAUCGCCCUUGCCUUUGUUGGCUCCAGUUCCGCAGCCCAGGAAAAGGACCUUUUCCAAUUGUUUACACUUCCUCCACUUAUCCCUCCAUUUUAUACUCCACUGAGAGACUUACUGAGAGGUGCUGACCUUGAGAGUAUCACCUGCACCAUCACCAUGAGCAUCACCAUCGGCUGCAGCUUCAAGAGAGACGGCGACCAGCACUUCAUCAACUUCCUCGGUCAAGACUUCCCAGUGGGGGGUCAACCGCUGGCUGGACAGGAGGACAUCUCUGGAACCAUCACCAUCGACUUCGGCAAGAGAGUUUACGACUGUGGCUUCAACGGCAUUAACCCAGUCUGUAUUGGCAGAUAAACGUGCACAAUAAUAGUUUUAAAUGUGAUUUAAUUUAAAAUUAAGAAAAUAAUAUAUUAAAAAUAGUAUUCGACAGAAUAAAUUAAACGCAUAUGAAAUUCA